AUGGUGCAAGCAUCUAUUUUCCUUCUUGUUGUCAUUUCUGUCGCAGUGCAGAUCAGUACUUCGGAUGCCCAAACAAGGGAGAACUUUCUAAGUUCGGACAGAAUGUUUGAGACUUACGAAAAACGAGCACCCAUGGAUAGGUCAUCAAUGGUCAGAUUUGGAAAACGUGCUCCGAUGGAUCGUAGCUCAAUGGUACGUUUCGGAAAGCGAGCUCUCAUGGAUAGAUCCAGUAUGGUUAGAUUUGGGAAGCGAGUUCCUCUCAUUGAUACCCAAUCAAACCCAAUCAUCACACCACGAUUCUACUACAUUUUGGCCGAUAUUAGAAUACUACUCAAAAUAAUUUUGCAUAAUAAACGCUGUAUUUCUUCUAUAGAUUUCUUAGUUGAGUUGCGAACAACCUCAAUGAAAGUUUAA